AUGACGACAACCAACAAACAUCGUAUCAAGAAGCUCACGGCUGAAAAGGUGCAAGAGUUUCGUGAUGAGAUCGUCAAACGUGAUGGGCAAGUGGUAGACUUAACGAAUCGAGGUAUUGAAAGCAUUAUGAGCCUUGAAGGGUUGCAGACUGCUACCAAGCUGGAUCUAAGUCACAAUAAGCUCACGAAACUCUCGCAACUCAAGUCGGUGCCGCGCGUGACGAUGCUUAAAUUGACAGACAACAAACUUAGCAGUAGUAGCUUGACUGAGAUUCAAUAUCUCAAACACCUUGUCAUCCUUAAUGUCGGGGAAAAUCUCUUAACGCGAAUUCCGUUCGAGGUGUUACGUAACCUGCGUACGCUCAAGGCGCUAGUGCUCAAUAACAAUUCCAUAUCGGCUCUUGAUUGGAUACCGAAGCUUCCCGAACUAAAUUCACUUAUUUUAAGUAACAAUCGCAUUUCGCAGAUUCCGCAACGCAUUGUGGAUGGUCUUCCAAGUCUGAAGAAAAUAUCCAUCUCACAUAAUUUGCUCGAAGAGAUUCCAAAUUUAAGUCAGCUGACAGGGAUUACGGAGCUGCGACUAUCGCAUAACCGAAUCAAGACCAUUCCAGCACAUUUAGCACAAUUGAAAAAUCUCAAGGUGCUGGAACUAAGCCAUAAUCUUAUUGACGACUGGUCGGGUCUUGAAGCUUUAAGCUCACUUGAAAGCUUGCGGCAGUUAAAUUUAUUAGGCAAUCCCAUCUGCGGAUCAAAGCUUGAAGUCUCUACGAAAUUGGCAAAGGAGGACGGUAGAAAGGGUGUCACUGAUGGUAAUGAUGAAGACAGCGCAUUUGAUGUUAUUGGCACUGAUAGCAAAAAGAAAAGCUCUGAAAGCAAGGAGGUUAACAUUUCUGAAGAGGAACAACAACUGAAGAAAGCAAAGAAAUUGGAUGCCAAGCACAAGCAAUACAACUUUAAAAUGAAGAGGCUAUUUCCACACUUGGUUGUGCGUGAUGCCGCUCGUGUGCUCGAUAAGCGAGUACAUGGUUACGUUGCGCCACCUAAGGAGCUGAAGAAAUCGAAGGUAUCCAAGUCGGAAGAAGUGAAAGUUGUUGCAGGAAAGCGAAAGCGAGCUAGUCCCAAUACAAAUGGCGUAAAAGAAGUUGAUAUCGCAACAUCCAUUGAAGCUAAUGGCAAGGAUGCUGAGAAGCUAGAGACGAAAAGCAUUCAUAAAAAGCUCAAAAGGGAGCAACUAGCGGUGGACAAGCCGACUUCGGAUAUUGUUGCGACCUUUGAUUCCGACGAAAAAGCAGCAAAAUAUCUCGUAAAGCAAGUGAAGACUAACAAGCCGAUAUCUAAGGAUGUCAAUCAGGUAACACCUAAAAUUGACGCCAAGGCCAAGACAGCUGUCAAGGAUAAGAUCCGAAACGAUAAAAAGGACCUACGGCAGCCGAAGGAGAUUGCCAGUGGUGUAGUGGUCGUGAAAAAAAUUAAAAGAACGACAAAGAACAAAAGCGCUGUUUCCAAGCCUUUGGACUUGACGCAAAUUGACUUUACGCCUCAAGUCGAGAAUAUGGCGAGCAACGCAAUCGGCAGCUUUAUUGCAAAGUUUAUGGCACCCGUGAACAAGGCUGAGGACGAUACAUUGACACACUUGUCACAAGUAGCCGAGGGCGCGAAGUGGCGGCUAGAUAACGACUUGCCAGCUCACAAAACGGUUGGAUAUCAUCGUCACCACCAGUAUACGAGUCCUGAGGGAUUCCCGGAGCUAUUGCUAUCCAGGAAGAGAUCAAGACGCGCCCAUUUUAACUUGGUGAAGCUUCAAGUGGACUCUCAUGUGAAAAAGACACGAUGA